AUGGAAGAAGGAGAAAUGGAGAUUGGCAACAGUUUACGUAAGCGCAACUUGGACGAGAUGAUGGGAGAGGAGGGAGAGCCGGGAUCGGAGGGGGAAGUAGAGAAAGAGAAGGAAAUUGGAUGGGAGGAAGUAGAGAGAGUGCUGAAAAGGCUGAAAAAAGAGGCGUGGAAGGACGGAGUAGUCGUUUCAAUAGCGAAAAAGAGGGGCAAAAGAGGUAGUGAACAUAGAGGGAUUACGCUGAUACCGACGGCGUACAAAGUGUACGCGUCGAUAUUAGCAAAUAGGUUGAGGGAAGAGAUGGUGGAGAAGGGGAUGAUUCCAGAAAGCCAAGCAGGGUUUAGAAAGAGGAGAGGAGUGGUGGACAACAUUUACACACUGAAUUAUGCGAUAGGGAAGCGAUUAAAGAGGAAAAAGAAGGUAAUGGCUGCUUUUGUAGAUCCAAAAGCGGCAUUUGAUUCAGUGGACAGGAGGGUUUUGGGAAAAUGUCUGAAAAAACCAGGGGUGAAUGAGAAGUUGGGAAAGAAAAUCAUGGAAAUAUACGAGAAAACAAGGAGUGUAGUGAGGAUGGAGGAAAUACGGAAGGAAAUUUUGGACAGCGAGAGGG